AUGAGAUUCUCUAUCACCUUUUCCGCGCUCCUGGCGCUCGCUACGACCUCGCACUCGGCCUUUGCGACCCAGUUCCAGAACCUCGACCUCCGUCAAGGUGGCGACGUCAACAGCUUCCUCCAAGGCCUCCGCGACAACAAUCUCACCGCGCUCGCCACCGUCCUCCAGGCGCACCCCACCGUCACCGACCGCAUCUUUGCCGAGAACACGGAGAAGCUCUUCCUCGCUCCCACCAACGAGGCGAUCUCGAAGCUCCCUACGUGGGUGACCAACAACUCGUCGCGUCUCGAGGCGACGCUGCUGCAGCAUGUGCUGCGGGGCAACUUUGACGCAGCCAACCUGAACGCGUACCCUCUGCACACGAUCGGGCACUCGCUAUUGAACGAGAGCGCCUACUCGAAGCUCCCCGGUGGAGCAGGGCAGGCGGUGGCGCUUGCCAAGUCCGGCAACAAGACGUUCGUCUCUGAAGCGGUGAACAACGAUACGUUCGUGCAGAGCCCCGUGCGGUUCGACACGGUGACGGUGCAGCCGAUCAGCAUGGCCAUGACGGUGCCCGGUACGAUCACCGAGACGCUGCGCUUCAUGGGCUACAGCGAGAUCUCGACGCUCAUUGCCAAUGUUCAGAACGGUGCGCUGGCUAGCACCAUUGACAACAUGGCGGGAGUGACGCUGUUCGUGCCUACCAACGAGGCCAUUCGCAAGUACGUCGGUACCUUCCCUAACCCUACCGCGAUUCCGACCGUGUUGGGACAGCACAUUGUCGCAUCCCGCGUCGUCUACUCCCCCCUACUCAUCGACCAGGGCUCCAUGAUCUCCUCUUCCGGCCAAGACAUCGUCUUCGACAACGCAGCCGGCACGGUCAAAGUAGGCAACUUCACCGCUAAGAUCCUUCAAACCGACAUCAUCGCCCAACAAGGAGUCAUCCACCAGAUCGACAACGUCCUCGCCUCGACGGCUCUCGACGUCGGCCGCGCGACCCAAGCGCAAAAAUCCGCCGAGGAGAGCAUCGAUGAUGAAGCCGCACAGUCGUUCACCGGUCCUGUAUCCGGUAAGAACUCCAUCACGUCCCAAGGCACCGACGUGCCCGCGGCUCAACCGGGUAGCGGCGCCAACAACCGAUCCGCCAACGAUAACUCGGACACCGCUGGCUCGGGUCAGACCGAGAGCGCCAUCGGCAAUGGUACGAAUGGCAACAACGGCGGUGCCAGCCAGGCGGGCUCGAACAACGGCAGCGGCGUCAUCAACGGUCUCAACGGCAAUGGGAGCGGGAUCGAUCACCGACAGCCCAAUGCCGCUGUGUCGAGCAAGAGCGGGAUGGGAUUGGUCGCCGCUGCGGUGCUUGCUUCGUCCCUGCUCGCCAUCGCUUUCUAA